ACGUACUAACACCUCGAUUUGUAUUCGUUACAUUAAUUUCAGUGGGGAGACAUGUCGGAAGCCCCGUGCGGUUAGCUCGACUUACGUGGUUUUGGGUGUUCGCGCCAAAUAACACAGUGAAUUUGUAAAGCGUUUAAUGCUUGUUGGUUUAUAUUUUUUUAUUAGUGGAGAAUUAUUGUGAGUGACCAUGGAUUCGUGGGGCAUCCUGAAUGUGGAUUCAGCCGCCAUGGCUAUAAACAGAGACGAUGGCAACGCGAGCUUUCGACGAAAACAACUGACAAUAGAAAAGCUCCCCGAUAAAGUACUUCUGAAUAUAUUUUCUUAUUUAUCUCAUCGGGAAAUAUGUCGUAUGGCCACAGUUUGCAAGAGAUGGCGCAUGGUGGCUUACGACACUCGUCUGUGGACCCACGUUAGUUUACGACCUGAAAUCUCAGGGUUACAUGUUGGGUCCCUCGAAUCACUUCUGGCGUUGAUUUCUAUAAGAUUCGGUCCUUCACUGCGAUACAUCGAGUUGCCUAUCGAGCUGAUCACUCACACUGUUUUGCACGAAUUGGCGGCAAAAUGCCCAAAUUUGACUCAUAUGCUGCUCGAUUUUAGUACUGCGAUGCAGCUGCACGACUUUUCAGAGAUGCAGGCGUUCCCGACGAAGCUGCGGUACCUGUGCAUCUGCCUGUCCGAGGUCAUCUUCAUGGAGGGCUUCAUGAGGAAGAUAUACAACUUCAUCAACGGCUUGGAGAUCCUGCACCUCAUCGGCACUUACGAGAAGGUGGAAGAAGAAGAAGAAGAGAUCUACGAGGUGAUCAACGUGCACAAGCUGAAGUCAGCGACUCCGAACCUGCGCGUGAUCAAUCUAUACGGGAUCAACUUUGUCGACGACUCGCAUAUUGACGCGUUCAGCUCAAACUGUAUUCAGCUGGAGUGCCUGGCAGUGAACUACUGCAACAAGGUGACGGGGUCCACCAUGAAGACGCUCUUCCAGAGGUCCAGGAGAUUGACUUGUCUGUUAAUGAAUGGGUGCAGUCUCCAAUCGGAGCACGUGAUGGCGGUGGAGUGGGAGAAGUCCUCGAUCCAGGAGCUGGACGUGACGGCGACCGACCUGUCCAGCGAGUGCCUCAUCGACAUGCUCACCAGGAUCCCCAACCUGCGGUUCUUGAGUGCUGGACAGAUUAACGGCAUGAACGAUUCGGUUCUGAAGGCUUGGAUAGAGGCGGGGACUGCCAGGAAUCUGAUAGCCCUGGAUGUGGACUCAUCGGAUAACCUGUCGGACGAGGCGUUGCACCGCUUCCUGUCCCGCCACGGCGCGCAGCUGUGGGGGCUGGUGCUCAGCGGGAUGCCGCACAUCACCGACCAGCUGUGGCAGAGCGUGCUGCAGCUGCUCACCAACGCCAAAAUCCUCAUCAUGGGCACUCAAGAGCGUCUAGGUGUGAAUAUUCACGUAGAUCAGCUAAUGGACGGCAUAGCCAACAGCUGCCCGAACCUUGAGCGUUUGGAGCUUCGCUGGGACCCUGAGAAUCUGCGCUUUAGCGACAAGAGUCAGAAGGCGAUAGACAUACUGCGCGUGAAGUGUCUCAAACUAAAAUGUCUGGUGCUCAGGUCGGUGAACGAUGGCCGUUACUACGAGAUUGUGAAGGCAAACUUCGAGCGAGCCGACCGGACCACAGUCGUGCGGACCUCUACCAACUGUCGCGUCUCCAACUAUUACCUCCUCUCAAAUUAUAAGGACCUUAUAUUUAAUUAAAUACACCUUCAAAACUUGUGGCUGAAAGAGGAAACAGUCUUUGCGAGGCGCGCUUGCAUUCGAUGAUUCGAAAAAGUGUAGUGUGUCUUUUUCGUCGUCCUAUAGAGUCGUAAGAUCGAAUGUUCUUUUAAAAUCCAAAACCCAUUGUUUAACUAUUGUGUCUGGAAAUCUCGGCGUUAAGAGGAUAGGGAAAGCCUCGUAUCCACUAGACAACAACGCGCAACACGUACGCUCAACAUGUACUGCAACGUUGCACAACAGAGUGCGACGUUGCCAGCUGAAGCGCAACAUGUUAUGCGGCUUGUUGUUUGUUUAGUGUCAGUUGAGCAUCAAUCGUUGUCGAGUGGAAACGUAACACGCAACAACACUAGUUCCUCUGGCGACAUGUUGUCGACAGACGUGUGUUAGAUGCGUAGACAGUCAGGUUUAGCUCUCUACCUACAAUUUAAAAUUAUUUAACCUGUCAAUUUUUUUCAGUUUGUUUUCUGAUCACUUCGACACUGGCAGAAUGGUCGUAUUCCUAAGCGACCCAUUGCCAUAACCAAAAAAAAACGUCGUUACACAAAAAAGUUCCGCGCUAACUUUAAACAUUGUGCGCAACAUGUAGCGCCAAAUGUUGUCAAGUGGAAACGCUGCUUAAGUGCAUUUUGCUAUGAUUUUCAUCAGGAAUACCCCGAUUUCAUUCAAUCAAUUUUAUUUCGGGUACAAAGUGAGUUUUGCUUAAGAUGGCAUUAACUAUUUGACCGGACAACAGGGAGCUCGGGCUCUCUCACCCGGUCAGGCUAGUAAACGACUAUUUUUUGAAUUGUAACUAGCGUGUCUAUUGCGAGGUGUUGUUAAAAAAAAAUCAGAUCCGAAUGUGAUUUUUCAAAAAGGCGUUUACGAGGUUUUCUCUAUAGGCUACGAUAUUAUGAAAAGUUUUUGAAAAUGCGAUUUAACGUAAUUUCAACGAUGAAACCACGGUAAUCGCGCAUGAGAAUACUCUUUGUCGAUCUAUUCUACCUACGAAGUCGUUAUUUAUAGCCGACACUAGCGAACGCGCCAGUAAAAUCUAUAUAAAAAAUAUCUUUCGAAUAUUUACCCAAACAUACCUACUUAAAAAGUAAAGCCUUUCUAAGAGUGUAAAUAACAAAGCAUAAGUGAUGCCUUCAAACACCCGCACUGCAUGUGAACGAAAAUUUACAAUAGGUCUCAGAAAAAGAGAAAAACUUCAAAAUGUAAUCUAUAUUUUGAAAAAUAUCGUGAAAGUCAAGUGUAUAAGGUCUAAGACAGAGGAUGUUAUUUCACCUAGCAUCGGUACAUAAGUUAUUUAAAUCUAUUUAUUUAUGUUGUAGGUAACAUAAUCAUUUUUAAAUUUGAAAUUCAAGGAACAAAACUUUCCAAGAAAUCAAAAUGUAUGUUUUAUCUACAUCCAAUCCUAAUAAAACGGAACUUUUAGAAUUAUGUAAAUUCUACUUAACACUAAAUACAUAACGUGUAUGGGAAAUAACUUUUAUAAACUUUUAUUGUUAAAAUAUCCUGUCGAUACUGCCAUUGUAAGUGUUAUGUAAAUAUAAACUGUUGCUGAAUUAAAUAGA